AAUGAACAAGAAAAAAGAGAAGAAGAAGAAGAGCACUCGGCAUAUCACGGAAGCGAGUCAUCCAGGCAGAAUCAGGGCGAGUUCAUCUGUCAAGUGCUGUCCGUUAGUUUGGGAGCCCUGGCAAGAUGUGUCCCGGGUGUGUGCAGAAGGAAUACCCCAGCAGGGGACAUACCUGCUUAGAGAAUGGUUCAUUUCUACUGAAUUAUGUUGGUUGUGCAAAAUGCAAUCAGAGAGACUUUGUACUGAUCAACAACAAAAUGAUUGAGGAGGAAGAUGGAGAGGAAAUCAUCACAUACGACCAUGUCUGUAAAAAUUGCCAUCACGUCAUUGCCAGACAUGAAUACACCUUCUCUGUCGUCGACGAUUAUCAGGAGUAUACAAUGCUUUGUCUGCUCUGUGGAAAAGCAGAAGACUCCAUCAGCAUUCUGCCAGAUGAUCCUCGACAAAUGGCUCCCCUCUUUUAAAAGCACGUGUGCACUGAUGAGCUCUGGCCAGAAGACAUCCCUUUGAUGAAAAUAUUUGUAGACAUUUUCUCUGAGUUGUUAACCUAUUGUAUAUUUAGUAUGAACUGAAUUACUGUAGAGAAGUGAAUAGUAAAUGCUUUUACUACUGCAUAACAUACUUAAUAAUAUCCAUUUUUUCGUAGAACUAACAAUUUAUUUUUAUUUCUUCCUUCAAACUGCUGUAACCUUUUAUCUGGGUAUUUGCUUUCUUGUACAUUCACAGAAUAAAUAAUACAGUAUAUAUUUGCAAAAAUUAACCACAUUCUUAUGUUAAUAAUUUUCUGAUGCGAAAAGGAUAAAAAUAAAAUCUGAAGGUUAUUAAUGUUUAUGUAACAUAUACACAAACUUUGCUUUAUAUAUUGUAACUUCAUUUACACCAUACUAAUAAUAAUAAUAAUAAUAAUAAAUUUUAUUUAUACAAGGUGCCUUUCUAAGCACUCAAAGACACUGAACAAUCAAUAAAUUAAAAAAAACACAUUAUAAACAAAACUUAAAACAUCAGAAAAUAUAAAAAUUAAAACCAAAACAAAAAACUACAAUCAUAGAGAAAAAGCCAUUUUAAACUUACAUGCAUCCAUUAUCCAACCCGCUAUAUCCUAACUACAGGGUCACGGGGGUCUGCUGGAGCCAAUCCCAGCCAGCACAGGGCGCAAGGCAGGAAAAAACCCCGGGCAGGGCACAAGCACACACACGGGACAAUGUAGAAUCGCCAAUGUACCUAACCUGCAUGUCUUUGGACUGUGGGAGAAAACCGGAGCACCCGGAGGAAACCCACACAGACACGGGGAGAACAUUCAAACUCCACGCAGGGAGGACCCAGGAAGCGAACCCGGGUCUCCUAACUGCGAGGCAGCAGCGCUACCCACUGUGCCACCGUGCCGCCCCCUUUUUAAACAGAUUGAAGGUUGAAAAUGAUUUGACAUUUCUAAGCUCAGUAGGUAGUGAGUUCCAGAGCUUGGGAGCAGAACGGCUGAAUGCUGUUCUCCCCAUGGUGGUUAGACAGGCGAGAGGGACGGUCGGAUGGAUGGAGGAAGAGGAUCUAAGGGUACUGGAGGGAUGGCAACAUGAAGAAGGUUGGACAGAUAUGGAGGGGCGAGGUUAUGAAUGGCCUUAAAUGUUAACAGCAGAAUUUUAAAAUCAAUUUGAAACUUAAUCGGGA